UGAGGAUGGUCAUUGGUGACAAUUUACAAACAGCAAAGGCAAUAGCUUUGGAAUGUGGGAUACUUAAGUCUGGUGCUGAUGCAACUGAACCAAACCUGAUUGAAGGGAAAAGGUUUAGAGAGUUGUCUGAGGAGGAGAGGAGGGAAGUGGCAGAUAAAAUAUCGGUUAUUGGAAGAUCGUCCCCAAAUGAUAAGCUCUUGCUUGUUCAAGCACUAAGAAGUAACAACCAUAUUGUAGCUGUGACUGGAGAUGGUACUAAUGAUGCUCCUACUCAAUGAUAAAUCAAUUUACAUUCAUUCCAGAUCAGUUAAGACUUUUAAAUGUA